AUGCCAUACCACCUGUGGAAGGUCAGGCUGUCUUGUCCUGAAUGUGGAAAACAGCUCACAGGUGCUGGAGUCCACAGGAGAGCUCGUCUGGUUCUGGAUGUGGACAGGUAUUACCUGAUGAUAACAGAGACUCUUAGGUGUAAUUCUGUUGGCUGCAACACCAAUUACAUCUCCUCAAGCAAGACCAUAUUGGACCAGCUGGAUUUGGCUCACAGGCUUGAGUUUAGUAUAAUCCUGAGUCGGAAAUAUGCUUGUGAUAUCCGAGUAAUAAGAUUUCUGAGGGAGAGGACGCUCGGUAACAGCCCCACUUGCUUGGUCAGGCAGCUGUGGGAAAACCACAGCGAGGAGUGGCUUAAGCGUGCCUGCCGGUACCUCGGGGCAUGCUCUGCCUUCGUUGCUCGACCGAGCCUGCUCCCUGUCACGUUCCAGAACCCACCUCAACCAGUGGCUAUACCAACUCACCGGUGGAUCCUGGCCGUGUACGGACGUGACAUCCUGAGCAGGCUGGAUCACAUCAAAGCCAGAAUAACGUCUACCUUUGGCACUGUGCUUAAAAUGUACUCCACAAAAAAGAUCACCAAGAAGUUGUCAGGCAUUGCCAAGGGGACCGCUUUAUGGCUUACAUCAGUGAACAAUGAGGUGGGCCAAAUCCUUAUCAGUGUCCUGACAGCUCAGGAGGGUCCCGGACUUGACACCAUGAUCGCAUGUCUAAUCCAGAGGUACAGCAGUGCUGGUGUGGCUCCUCCUCGCCUACUUUAUGUUAACACUGGCUGUUGUAAGGAAGAUGGAGAGACCAGGCUAAAAAAAAGAUUUGGUGGGUGGCCAGAUCUGGUUGUCAAGCUGGACAUUUAUCAUUUCAUGAGGCGGCUGGCAUCUGGGUGUACAAAUGAAGCACAUCCUUUGUACAAAACCUUUAUGGCUAAAUUGUCAUGCUGCAUUUUUGAAUGGGACAGCAGUGACAUUGCCUUGCUGCGGAGAGCCAAAAGGAAGCAGCUGAAGAAGGAAGGUGUCCCUGGUAUCACUGAAAAGCUAGUGGACAAGCACAUCACCAAGGAUGAGCUGUCUCUGCACUGCAGAAGGCGAACAAGAGGACAGCAGCAAACCAUCAUGUCAAUUGAACUCCUCUUUAAUGAGCUGAAGGGAGUCAAGGGCAGAGAUUUACUUGGUGUCUCUCUCUUUGACUGGGAGAGAAUGGAGCACAUUUGGAGAGUCCAGAAAAGGCAUGUGAAGUGUAUUCAGGAUGAACCAGGUGUGCUCCUGUACACUGAGACAGGGCGCACCAACAAAGGAGGCAUUAUCCUGCCAAACUACCGGUGUGCCAGGGGAUCCACAUCACUGGAGUCCUUCCAUUGCCAUGUCAACAGAUUCAUUCCAGGAACAAGUGCCAACAGUCUAAAUUUUCAGCUGUACCUCCUGGAAGGAAUCCAUAGAUGGAAUCAGAACCGUGAAGCUGCUUCCCUGGCAGUAAAGCCUCCAUCUCUGUUUAGUUACUCAGAAGACCUUGUGCACUGUGCCAACACCCACAGUGUCAACAUGCUUGGAAAGAAGCUUGUCCCUUCUUUUCAACCACCUGGGGUGUACACUGGGGAACUAAUGGGUAUAGAAUACCUAAACUGGCAAAAGGGACAGGCCAUGCAGGACCAGGAUCUUGAUGCAGAGCAGACUAAUCAGAUGCUGGAGGAUGUAGGCUCUGAGGAGGAGUCGCAGGAUGAGGCAUUUGAAGAUGGUGGUGUGGAUCCUACUAUUGAGCUCCUCGAAUUUACAGCCCCAUCCUCUGUCCCAUCACCUGCCACCACCACCUCAACCUGCAUAAAUGAAACUCCUACCUCUCCCCAGGCUGCUGUCUCAACUGUUGCCACUACUUGUCCUUGUCUGCCUGCAACUGAUGCCAGUUCAGCACCACCUGGGAAACAGCUGUUUGUGCAUACUGCUGUGCCCUCAAGCCCAUCAGCCAUCACAACCAGCCCAACUUUGGCCCCUCUUUUCUCUACCAACCUGUUAGCCCCUGUGUCAUCUGCUACAACUGCUGAUCUCCCAGGACCAUCAGAUAUCACCCCAACAGCACCUGAACAACAGCUGGCUGUGGAUGAGCACUGUGUCCCAGGGAUGGACCUAGUGGACAGCCUGGCAGAGUACUUGGUGGGACUGAGGACCAAAAGGGGUUUAACACUUAACAGCCAGCAGGCCAGCACCAUCAUAGCGCUCUGGCAAAACCUUCUGCCGUAUGACAAGCAGCGCGUGGCAAAUGCUGCUCGUCACCAGGUGCGGCUGAAUACUGGAUGCUUUAGAUGUUCCAAAGCAAAGGGGGAAUUUACAUCAGAUGUGGAGAGAAUGACACGCUGUGUAUUAGAAUCCACAGGAUCACCUGCCCAAUGGCCAGACUGUUGUCGCUUAGUAGAGAACAUUUUUGUCAGACUCUGUGGAGUUCACACGAGCCCCAAAAAACAAAAAAACACUUAUUCACUGACAAGAUGGAUGAUGAUUCUUAGGGACUACAAAAAUAUCAGGCAUCUGGUUCUGGAUAAUGCCUUGAUCAUGCAGAGCACUACCCUGCAGCUUCCUGAUGUUAAUCAAACGUCAGUCAUUCAAUGGCAUAACAAGAGACUGAAGAGGCAUGAUUUUGGAAUUCUGCUGCAAGGGUUGAACUUGCCUCCCUCAAUUCCUGUAGCUCCUGUGCCUCUCCCACCUGUGUGGACACGUCCUACUGCUGCAACCCCACAGCCUGGCCCUCAACAUCAGUACCACUUACCUGUAAGUACAGUGGGUCAGGCAGUGGUCAAGAGGAAGUCUGCAGCUGAACCACACCCCUGUGCUCCACAAUCUGUCCGACCAAGGCUAUACGCGCAAAGGCAGCCGCCUCCUCCACCUUCAUGCGUCCCUAUAUCCAUCGUCUUGAACCCCACCCCUGUCAAUAAUCUUUUUGUAUUUUUGACUCCACAAAUCCCUGCACUGAGGUCAAUUGCUCCUGCAGGCCCCCUUCCUGCCCCUACACCUGUUCGUAGAGCUUACAAUCGAACUGUUGACAAAAAUAAAUGCAGCCAAUGCGGCCAACCUCGCAAUAAAGAAACUGGCCAUAGACAAUAUUAUGGUUACAUAUACUGUCCACAAACUGCAAAAAUGCCUGUUGACCAAUGGAUGGAGGAUAUGCGAAGGAAAAGGGCAAAUAAAAAAUAGACUGAAAUUUGUAAAGUUUUGAUUGGUGUUUUGUAAAUUGUGUUUAAGUUGCAGAGUGUAUAGCUAUGUACAUAGAUUUUACAUUGUGUGCCCUUGUUUGUUGUUUUAUCAGCAAUUUUAGC